CAAACAUCAAGGCAGUCCGGGCUAUGGUGAUCCUAGGUUUGAUCCUGGGUGCUGUAGGAGGUGCCAGUGCGCUAAUGCAUCUAGUCUGUAUCUUCACGUCACGUGAGACUAAAGCUGUGGUGCCACUCGUUGUCAUUGGAACCUGCUUGGCAGCUUUCAUCUUCAUCAUAAUCGGCAUCAUCGUUUAUGCGGCGGACUACUAUGACCCGCUUAAAGAAUCCGUCGAUCUUGGCUACUCCUUUGCUCUUUGUGUCGUUGGUGGCAUUCUUUUGGCAAGCGGAGGCGCACUCUUCUUUUUGGGAGACAGGAAAGACUGAACUUGGAAUGAAUCUUGAAUUUAUAAUAAUAUGUACUAUUGUGGUGAAAAUGCUCGCAUGUCGUAUUCUGUCCGUGAACAUUAAGCCAGAGUAAUAUAAUAUUUGUAAGAAUGGGAAACGGUUUGUGUGAUACCAUUUUUGGGUUGAAAUGUCCAGAAACAUGUUUUAGUUUCCUUUUUUUUCUACACAAUGCUCAAUUCGGUACUCAAUACUGCAGUGUAAUAUGAUAAUAAUUAUAAUAAUUAUGUUUUAUUUUGGAUUUACCCAGUCGCUGCUGUACAGCUCGUCAUAGUACACUGAGAUUUUGGUGGGGUUUUUGUUAGUUUUUUAAAAGUUUUUUUUAAGAGAGAUAGUUUUAGUUUUAGUAAGUGUUUUACGGCAUUCGCAACUGAAUAAUGUCAUAUGAGCGCCAGAAUAUAAAAGGUGUUACAAGAGAGUAACAAACAUAAAAUAGAAGGAGGGGGGUAAGGACGGUAGUUUUCUAUAGGAAAGCUGGAGCAAACCACACCAGAGCAACCGCUAACCACACACUAAGAUAGAUAGCGAAAUCGAGAGAGAGUGUGAAGUAGAGAGAAGGGGGGAGGGGGAGAAUAAAAGAAAGAGAGUGACAGUUAGAGAGAGAAAAAAACAGAGUAAGAGAGAGAGAAAGUGUGUGUGCGUGUGUGUGUGAGUGAGUGUGUGUGUGUGUGUGUGUGUGUGUGUGUGUGUGUGUAUGUGUGUGUUUGUGUGAUCUCCUCAAUGACUUUGAUACCCGGAAACUGUAUGCUUUUGCUAUUAUCAAAUAAAUGAGAUUUUUCUAAUAAAAGUUCGCAUUUCUCAAAAGAGAACAGUUAUUUACAAUC